AUGGCGGGCAUCAAGCGGACGCGUAUCAUAUUCGCGGUCAUCAUCACCUGCGUUCUCUUUUUAAUCUUCAAAAGCGGCGAGAACGUGAAGUCAGAGCCAAACCAAUGGACGAAUCCUCCUCCGCCCGAACAGCAUGCGAGCGACCCUCCUGUCGAUAUCGAUAUCCCUCCCAAUCACGUCGAAAUCCCUAUCGCUGACAAUCUCAUCAACGUCCAAUCGCCAGUCAUGGAGGCGCAACUAAUUCCUGAUGCACACAAGUUAGAGACGGCGGAUGACUUCAUUCCACACUUCGCUGCGGUGAUAAACGAGAAGGGCAUCUCCCAGAGGGAAGCUCGCGCGUCGUGUACGUGGCCGGCGGACGUGUUCGUCGACUUUCAGUUCCCAGACUCCCUGGAAUGGGUUCUCGAAGAUCGUCCAGUCUUGGAGAUCGAGCUGCGACGCCGUGAGUGGCACGAUUUCUUACAGAAAGGCGUUAUACCCUAUGCUACAGUCAAAGAACGGUUUUCCGGGCGGGGAUUGGUCAUCGUCGCCGGCAACGCGGAUACAAUCAUGCGCGCCAAAGUCAUACUGCGACAGUUGAAGAAGCUUGGAUCGACGAUUCCCAUCGAGAUCCAUUACUGGGACACUGAAAUGGACAUUGGAGCGAUGGCCGACCUCAAUGCUCUCUACACGCCCAUCUACUACAACGACCUAUCGAAGCCUCACAAUAUCGUGCACAUCAAGAAGGACGGGUAUUUUGGGAUUAACUACCAGCUGAAGACGGCGGCGUUGCUGAAUGCUCGAUGGGCCGAGCCCAUUUUGCUCGACUCGGACAACAUCCCCAUCCUCGAUCCAGCGACGCUCUACGACUCGAUCCAAUACCAAGAGCACCACUCCGUGUUCUGGCCCGACAUUGCACGUACUAGACCGCAGAACCCUGCGUGGGCGAUCUUCAACACGCCAUGUCGGAUGGCCGAGCACGAGCAGGAAAGCGGACAGCUGCUAGUAGACAAGACGCGGUUCUGGUACCAUCUGCAACUAGCGUCUUGGCUGAACAACGAGCAGGGGAAAUACUACAACGAGAUCUUGCUGGGCGACAAGGACAUGUUCCGCUUCGCGUGGCACGCCCUCAAGACGAAGUUCGGGAAGCCGAAGAAAUGGGUCACCAGCGUCGGGACGGAGAACGACGGGUUUUACUGCGGGCACUCGUUCGCGCAGCAUCAUCCGGAUGACGGACGCGUCGCAUUCCUCCACGGCGGGCUGAUGAAGACGGCGUCUCUCGAGGUGAUGCGCUGGAAUCGAGAUGUCAAGGGCGGCUACCUGAGGCACUACAAGAGAGCGCCGAGCGAGGAGAGUCCCGAGGUGAAUGUCAAUGUCGCCAUCAAGUUCGACGGGGCGGCGUAUAUGCCUGAUCACUCUGAAAAGUUCGAGGCGGCUCAGUGCACCGAUAUGUUCGACGUCGAGGCAAGAGAUAUAAACGAGAUUCUUCCCGGAUUCGAGCAAACCUUCCGCGAGAUAGGGGGCUAUUGGCAACUGGACCAGGAGAGUACAACAAUGUUUCACCAGGGCAACCUUCUACCUCAAAGAUGA